UAUGCUCGUUAGUCAUAUCAUUAUACUCUUUUGAUAUUGAAUUUUUUCUCUUGAGCUUAUUUAAAAUGUCAAAUCACGCCUAAGGGAAUACAUUUUUCUUGACCAUCAAUUGAAAUCCUGUAUCUUGUGUAAAAAAUGAUGAUAUAAUUGGAAAUUUCUCCCCAAGAGGUUUUACGUUUGUGGUUUCUAUAUGUUUAGUAAAGUCAGCUGACUUGAUCCUGUUUCAUUUUUGGUUUAUUUUUUUGAAAAUUAGUCGACGAUAUAUUUAUAUAUAUAUUUUAUAUAAAUUAAAGUCAAGUCAAAUGAAUAAUCUUCUUGUCUUGAACUGCUGGGAUUCCAAUCCCGGUAGCGGUAAGGAAGUCUGCAAAAAAAAAAGAAAAAAAAAGUAUUGAUUUGCUUUCAAAGCCAUUUCCACACAAGCCUUAUAUCACCAGGGCAGUAGUAACAAAAUUACAGUCCUUUUUUUGAAAUAGGAACUCUAUCCCUUUACAUUUCAAAACAGUGUAACUGCAACGACCCAACAAAAAAUUGAAAUGCUCUGGAACCCUUCUUUUAUAACUACUGACUUCAUAGUAACAUCUUGGCGUCUACUAGUUCUAAAACCAAGGCCAUUCACCACUCGGGAGGAAUCCAUUUCAGUCUGAAAAUGGCAUUGAAAAAGUCUGUUAAUUUGAGUGAAGCCUCGGUCAGCUGGCUGUCGUUGUCUUCUAAUCUUGUUGUCUCUGUCUACUCUUUCAGGUUGAUGUGAGAUAAUUUCCGCGUUCGUUUGAUCUCGUUUCGGGAGCAUCAUCGGCCACUCCGAAGCGAUCCGAGAUUGACGUAACAAUGGCCGGAUAGCGAUUCUGAGAGUAUGACGGAGACUUUUGAGAGUGAACCAGACCAUGUGCUGGAUCCACUCUCUUUCCAGUCUCAAGACAGCACUAGUUCCAACUUCAUCACCAAGAUGAAUACCGAGUUCUUUGCCUUGCCUGGGCUUCCGCCUUUGGAUCACAAGAUUCAAGAUAGUGGAGGUUCCGUGACCGUGAACGAAAACACCCGAGGUCCUCGACAGAUGUGUCCGGAUUGGGGCUCCACCAAAUGCUUUGAAGAUCUGGUCACCAAUCGUACUUUGAAUGAAGGCGGCGAAUCCUGGGGUAGUUAUGGCGGGAUUUUGUUCCGCGAUUCCUGGAUGAUCCCGAUGCUCACGUUCUCAGCCAUAAAUGUGAUAGUGAUAUUGACUUUUGAAGUGUAUGUUUUGUGCAAAGCAUCUCGAAACACGCCCAGUCGAAGACAUUUAUUCCUAGGCCAAAUGCUACUCCUUGGACUUUUGAUCGGGUCUUUGGUGGGCUUUGCGUACGCUGUGGAACCCACGGACCUCACUUGUGCUGCCAUUCGAUUGGGCACGGGGUUCUCCUACACGCUAAUCUAUUCCUCACUCUUGGUGAAGUUGGUAUUUCUGAUAUCCUUGAACACUGGCGUAUAUCUGCCGGCCACAUAUCAAGCCUUGUUGUUCCUAUUCUGCAUCCUGGUUCAAGUGGUCAUCGGACUGCAAUGGAUUUCCAGCUCGGGUCCCUUGUGCAGUUUCACAACUCAGGAUCAUUUGUUGUCAUUGCUCUACGUGGUUUUCCUGAUUAUUUUCUCAUCCACUCUGGCCGUCAAGUCCCGGACCUUUCGAGACAACUACCGAGAGGCCAAAUAUAUCGGGGGCCUUAUGGUGGUCACGGUCCCCAUUUGGCUGGCUUGGGUGAUAUCAGCCGUCGUUUUACACGAGUCAUACCAUCCUGCCAUUGUUGGUUUUGGUAUCUUGGCGGUGUGUGCCAUUACGUUCGUGAUCAUGUUUUUGCCUAAGAGUCGUCAGUUAAGCGCUAUUGGCAAAGAGGGCAUCUAUAUUGAGGAUCAAGAGGAUCGGUUCUCAAUCCAUAGUGAUCGGUAUUCGCCUUCAUUUUAUCACUUCAAACCUCAUAAGACAAUCUUGUCGCCGAGUUCCUUGUUCAAGGAGCCUCGGGCGGAAAGUCCCUAUUUCAGAGCGGGCAACUCCUACACGGGUUUUCACCGUCCCCUGAGGGUUGUUCCACCUUCGGCUUCACCCUCGCAGCAAGCCCAGAUCACGCCUCCCUCUUCAUCACACGUGGGUAACACCCACCAACCAGCACUGCCCCCGCCCCCUUACACCACUCGCACUUCCUACUUCCCCUCUCAUUUCUUCCCCGAGAAAAUGAAUCAUUACUGGCAAUACUACUAUCCCAGAGCACCAGGAGUUUAUGCUCGCAACGACGUGGAGAGUAUGAACAUUUAUACGUCUUUGCACGAUCACGAUCGAACAAAGUCCAUGAAUCCCAAUGUUUAUUUUUACAAAUCAAACAACUACCAGCACCCUGGAUUUAUCUACUGAAGUCAGGACCGUGUUUUAUUCAACUGAAAACGUUAUUCGCUUAGUUAUUUGUUUAUUAAUGAUAUGUUUGAAAGAAUUAAACCAUACGUGGAUCAGACUACAAAAUUAGAAGUUUCUGAUUGAAG